GUCACUAAGAACCUGUGGCUGAAGCUAGAGAAAGGUCUGCGGAAGCCUCACCGGACAACUCAUCCACAAAUGGGCCCCGUCGCUUAGCGUCUACCUCGUCUAACGACCGUCAAACUGAAUCACAGUUGGUGUUUCUUCUACCACAUUCAAAAGUUCGUUAUCAUAGUAUGAAUAUCAUUAGGAAGAGAAGUAAAACAAGUUUAGGUUACAUGUUCUCUACCAGAAAAGGGUUAUUGUGAGCAUUUCCAUCUCUGCAAGGUUGACGUGUAAAGGUAAAAAAAAAAUGGCAGCAAUUCCAUCCACCGGAUCCCUCAUUGCCACCCAUGACUACUACCGAAGACGCAUAGGAUCAACAUCUAGCAACAGUUCCUGUGGCAGUUCGGAGUAUUCAGGGGAAGUAAUUCCUCACCCACCAGGUGUGGCCAGACAAGACUCAGGCCACUGGUGGUCCUCUCUUUUCUUUGGAAAGCAGCCUCAGCCUGGCCUGCCCACUGGGGCCGACUCAAAGAAGGCCGGGACCUACACCCUAUCUAAUGGUCAGGUGACCUGCGUGGCCAGGGAGAUGGUGCUGAAGAGGCAACUCAGUGAGAGCAGUGACUCUGGGAAGGCGGAGGCUGGAUCUCCCCCCUCCCAAUGAUCACCACCCCACCCCCCAACAUACCCUACCCCAGUUCAUCCUGACCCCAAGUUUAACCCCUGGUUACUUGCCCCCCUGAUUCUCAAAACCCCAUCCCACUACCCCAGAGGCCAUCCCAGGAAGUCAUAGGCGAUGGUGGCUCCAUUGUUUUGAUUAUUAUUCUUUUUUUUACUCUAGACUGCUGUAAAACUAUUUGUAAGUAAAUUGUAACUUGUUUUUGUUAUCGCUAUUUAAAAUGUGAAAGAGGCCAAAAAAGUUGUUUGUCCUUUGUGGCUUGAAGCCUGUAGAGGAUGAUCCUGUUUGUUACUGUGCUCGCAUUGUCAUCAUGUCUGCGUUGAAUAAAGUCACUUUUGAAGCUUU